GUCACGUAUGCGGGAUGGGCCGUUUGAUCUAUGGCUCGUGUGGGUGCUCCGCUCUUUCCUCUCCCGCCUCCCCCUCAUCCUGUCUCCUCUCCAGGGAGACGAGCGCGCGCACACACGCCCCGUGGCAGGCAGGGUUUCAGGGCUGCUGCGGGCAGUGAUGGGAGAAGGCGGGGACGGGGACUCCAGCGCCCUGGGCUCUGAGCAGCUCCGGCUGGAGCUGGGGCAGGAGAAGCAGAUGAAGGAAAUGCUUGAACUCUCAAUAUUUGAAUUGAGAAACACGAUAACAGAACUUGAAAAAAGACUUAGCAGUGUUGAGGAUGAAGGUAAUGAAUGGAAAACCAGGUAUGAAACACAAGUAGAAUUGAACAGACAACUAGAAAGGCAAACUGGUCUUCUUCAAGAAAAGAUGGAACAUGUUCGUGGAAAUCCAACAGAUAGAUUGUCUUCUAUUCGCUCCUUUGAUCAAAUGCCUGUGGGUUCCUUAAACCAGUUUCUUAAACAACUAGAAGAAGAAAAGAGAAGUCUCCAGAACCAACUAAAGGAUUAUGAGCUUAGACUGGAACAAGAAGCAAAGGCUUACCAUAAGGCUAAUGAUGAACGGCGCCUGUACCUAGCAGAGAUCUCACAGACAUCAGCUACACUUAAAAUUGCUGAGAGGCAGAAAACAGAUGCAGUACAGAUCAAGAAGGAAAACCAGAUACUGAGAAGAAGACAUAAUGUUCCAGAAAAUCAAAGGAUUCUGGAUCCAAAAAAAGGACCAAUUAAAAAGACUGCAGGAGUGAAACAACUUCCAAAAUUAAAGCACUGACUUAAUCUUCUUAACAAGAACUUCCAAUCACUUUUAUUCUUGUUUCUGUAUAUUUAGCUAGAUGUUUCUGAAGAAAAAUGUGUGUACCACAUUGAUUUAGGACACAUUCCAAUAACAAUAGCUACUAAUGAAGAUCUGUGUGCCUCCUGGCAGCUUCAGAGGCUCCCUAUUCUGUGGGAAAAGUAGCCCUCUGUAAUCCUGUGAAAUAGUUCAUUGGGCAGUUCCUGGGUGCCCUCUUAAUGCUGGCGAAGUCUGACCCUUCCCGGCCUGAUUGCCAGAUGUAAAAACUGAAUCAAGGAAUCAAGUUGGGUCACUCAGGGAAUCACUUAAAUGCCUUAUGCUAGGCAGGUUCUUCCCCACUUUGACUCCACAGCCAGUCACUGAAAAAAAUUUAAAGGGUCUGUGUUUAGAGCUCAGUGAGGGAGGAGAAGAAUGAUGUAACCUGAAGAGUAUCCCUACUACCUAUACCAGAAGAAAAGAGGAAUACCCCUUUAGGAAUAGCCACUUAGCACACAAGCUACUGGGGAAGCUCCCUUGAUUACUAGAGGACGGGAAAACAGAUGGUUCUUUCUAGGAAGAAAACCACAAUUUUCAGAUUCCAAGGUUAGAAGGGACCACUGUGAUCGUCUAGUUUGACCUGUAUACCACAGGCUCAAGAAGUUCCUCAGAAUAAUUCCUACAGCAAAGCAUCCAAUCUUGAUUUAAAAAUUGCUGAUGAGGGAGAAUCCUUGAUAACUCUUGGUAACUUGUUCCAAUGGCUAAUUACUCUGUGUUAAAAAUGUAUGCCUUAUUUCCUGUCUGAGAUACAGCCUCCCCUUUGGCUGAUUGUUUGCAAGCUGAGAGCCAAUCAGGUUCUGGUCAGGUUCCCAGCAGUGGGCUGGAGACAGGGCACACCUAUGGCAUUCAGGAAGCAGAGCUGGGUGGCAUAACAGUGGAGUCUCUUCCCUGCUGGCAUGACAGAGAGGCAGCCAAGCCAAACUUGACUGAUUCUGUGACCUGGCACUUGGGGUUGCAAGACCACUCAAAUUUUGCCUGCCCACUCCUUUGUCACACCAGUAGGGAAGGGGCUCCACUGUUAUGCCACCUACCUCUGGUCAAGGGCUAAGUUGGGGGGCCUGGGCCCCCAUUUGUUGCACCCCUGGUUUCUUAACUCUCAGGUAUCCCUUUAAAAAAAGCUCUGCCUGCUAGAGGCCAAGCUUGGAGUCACUCUCAUCCUCCCAGGGCUAUGCAGCACAGUUCCUUCUACCCUUAGGGCUGUCUAUGUUCCAUGAACUGCCUGGCUUUGGCAGGGAAGACAGCAAUUCUAGGACUGGCCUGUAAAUGGCCAUGUUAAAAGGGAUGGCUUCUACACAGCUCGUAUCCACAGCCUUCAGUAGUUUGCAUGGCUUGGAAUUCCACUGCUGUUUUCAGCUGGGUAGGGCCCACUUGUAAACCAAAGUUUGAAUGUUUUGCGAAUGUCCCCAAACAAACAUUAUGUAAAGAUUCUUCAGAGUGUACCUAUUGUGAAUGAAGGGUUCCAUCUUAAAAUCCUAUCUAUAUUUCUUGUUUGCUAAUGUAUGUGUUUUAGUAUAUGAAAUCUAAACUCACAAACUGAUGUUUCUCUCUAAGGCCCCAAUCCUGCAAAGACUUCCAGUGUGCUUCAGUAAGACUG